AUGCUUUUGUGGCGAACCCCAAGGCUUCAAAGACUGAAUCUAGUUUCAGCGGACAGACCAACGGGCAAGGACACCCCAAAGCCGGGAGAAUAAACCGCCUUUUCCCCCCAUGUAAAUGCGCUUGGAGAAAACAAACAGACCGUAGCCGUCUUGCCCGUCAUAACCUGCUUUCUUGGAGUUGAGAUUGCACCUGAGCGUUUUUUUGUUUGUAACAAACGGAAUCUUGCAAUAUCAAACGGAAAUUGCAAAUUGUUUGGAUAUAUAUGGGAGUCAUAUUUUCAGGCUUGAAUGAGAUCACCAUCAGAUGUAUUUGAACUAGAUAUGGAGUAAUUUCACGGACCUAACUUGUGGAUCUUUCACCAAACCCGGAGCCUGGGAUUCAUUUAAUAUGGGCAUUUAAUCAAUUCAUAUUUUUAAACGUUAUCAGACUUGAUUCAGGGGCUGAAUAAAACAAAUGUUAUUCAAGCCAAUGCUCCGUACUGAGAAAAUGAAUACAGAUAACUUAUUUUAAGCAACUUGGAGGUAUUGUCCAUGGUCUCUGAAAGGCGUGCGGACGCAUACUGGAUGGAUCCCUCAACUUUUUCAAGAUGCAGCUGAGGAAUCUAUGCUUCUCUGAUGUUACCAUGUCCCGCCAUAUGGAUCAAUGAACCACAUCCUCACAUCCCUCAACCUGAUCUGGAAGUCUCCACAGAAGAUCCCUCUUUCUCUCUCUCUCUCUCUCUCUCUCUCUCUCUCUCUCUCUCUCUCUCUCUCUCUCUCUCUCUCUCUCUCUCUCUCUCUCUCUCUCUCACUCACACUCUCUUUCAUUCCCUUUCUCUCCAUCACUCUCUCUGCCCCUCCCUUGUCCACCCCUCUGAUGAGUUUGUCUCUAGAUGAGCACCAGGACUCAAAUUGACCCCAGCAGAGGAGAGAAACUCUCUGCUCCUUCCUUUGUGGCUGUCCGUCUCUUGCUCUUUUCAUUUUUACCCACAAUGCCCCAAACACAACUAACCCGGUCCUCCUCAUUCAUGUUGGUUCUGCUGGUCGUGUUGCUCCUGCUGGACACGGUGCCGGUCCAGUGUGCGCCCUCAGGACCCGAAUCAGACACCUGCUCCACCCAGGUGCAGAACCGCUUCUUUGGCUACUUCAACUCCUCGGCCGUCUUUCCCAGCAGCCCUUGCUCCUGGACACUACAGAACCCGGACCCGCGAAGCUACACCGUCUUCAUCAAGGUGACCAAGCCUGAGAGGGACUGUGUGCCCCGACAGGUGCGUGCCUUUCAGUUCGACUCCUUCCUGGAGGCCACGCGUACUUACCUGGGCACAGAGAGCUUUGACGAGGUGCUGCGACUGUGCGACUUGUCAGCGCACAUGGCCUACGCGGAGGCCGGUAAGCAGUAUCUGCAGAUCCGCAAGAACCUGCCUCGGCCUGGCGCACGGUCCGGCGACGGCCGCUUCAAGGUGGAGUACCUGGUGGUGGGCAAGCGGAACCCGAGCGUGGCGGUGUGCCAGGUGCUGUGCCAGUGGCUAGAGGACUGCCUGGUGUCCAGCACGUCCAGCCAUCCCUGCGGCAUCAUGCAGACGCCGUGCCAGUGCAGGGACACCCCACCGCUGGGCAAGGAGGGCGCGGACGGAGGCUGCUUCCGCGCAGGCGUCUACCUGGAGAACUGCAUCAUGGGCGAGAAGGAGGCAGCCGCCGCCAACGCUGAGAUCAGCAUUGGAGGCUGGAGUGGCUGGGGCCAGUGGGGAGAGUGCAGCAGUGAGUGCGGAGGUGGAGUCCAGACUCGGACACGCACCUGUCAAUCACCUGCCGGGGAGGCCAACUUCUGUGAUGGUGCUCUGGAGGAAGGACGGCCUUGCAAUGCUCAGGCCUGUAUAGGCAAAGGGCGUGCCAGCUCUCGCAGCCAGUCGCUGCGCUCCAUGGACAGCCGCAAGCGUGACGAGUCAGACAAGACACGCGCUGGACAGUCCCCCCAGACAGCGGACUCGGUGUCGGGCGAGGAGUGGUCGGCGUGGAGCGUGUGCUCGGCCACGUGCGGCGAGGGCUGGCAGAGCCGCACGCGCUUCUGCGUCUCGUCCUCCUACAGCACGCAGUGCAGCGGCCCGCUGCGUGAACAGAGGCCCUGCAACAACUCCGCCGUGUGUCCAGCUGCUCUGAUUGCAGUGAACGGCGUGUGGGAGGAGUGGUCACCGUGGAGCCUGUGCUCGUCCACGUGUGGUCGGGGUGAGCGGGAGCGCACGAGGACCUGCAAGCCGCCGCAGUUCGGUGGGGAGCCGUGCACGGGGCCUGAGAAGCAGAUGAAGUACUGCAACAUCGCUGUCUGCCCAGUGGACGGGGUGUGGAACGAGUGGUCCAGCUGGAGCUCGUGCUCAGUGACCUGCUCCAACGGCACCAAGCAGCGGAUCCGCGAGUGCAGCGGGCCCUCGUACGGAGGCUCAGAGUGCCGGGGCGAGUGGCUGGAGAGCCGGGAGUGCAACCUGGGCGAGUGCCCGGUGGACGGCGUGUGGCAGCUCUGGAGCUCCUGGGACCCGUGCACCAGGACGUGCGGCGGCGGCAGCCAGAAGAGGCAGCGCGUCUGCAAGGGGCCCUUCUUCGGGGGGAAGCUGUGCCCGGGGGACCGCGAGGAGGUGCAGUCCUGUAAUGAAAAGAGGUGCCCAGAGCCCAAUGAAAUUUGCGACGAGGAGAAUUUCUCCAAUGUGGUGUGGAAGAGUACAGUGGCAGGAGACACAGCAGCAGUGCGCUGUCCCCCCAACGCUCACGGGCUGAUCCUCCGACGCUGCUCGCUAAAUGACCUGGGCAACGCCUUCUGGGAAAAUCCCACCUACAUGAAGUGCGUCUCCAACGACUACCGCAGCAUCCAGUCGCUGACUCGUGAACACUUGUCCAAAGCACAACGGGGGCUUGUGGGAGAUGGCGUCUCCGAGGUCAUGACCAAGCUGAGGGUGACAUCCAGCGACGGGACGAGCUACAGUGGUGAUCUGCUGGCCAUUGUGGACGUGCUGAAGAACAUGACGGAGAUCUUCAGACGAGUCCAGUACAGUCCCAGCAGCCUGGACAUGAGGAACUUUGUCCAGUCAGUGAGUAACCUGCUAAUGGAGGAGAACAGAGACAAAUGGGAAGAAGCAGAGUUGCUUGGGCCAAAUAUCAAGGAGCUUUUCCGUCUAGUGGACGACUUUGUGGAUGUCAUCAGCUUCAGAAUGAAGGACUUCCAGGACACCUACGAGGUCACAGACAACCUAGUGUUGAGCAUCCACAAGCGGCCGGUGUCGGGGACUGCUGAUAUCAGCUUCCCCAUGAAGGGCUGGAGGGGUAUGGUGGAGUGGGCACGCAGCUCUGAGGACCGCGUCACCGUAUCCAAAGACGUCCUGGCCACCGACAAGUCAGAUGAUACAUCAUCAUUUGUGACUGGAAUCGUCCUCUACAAAGAUCUGGGUAGCAUCCUGUCCCUUGGGAGAAACAACACCGUGCUCAAUUCCAAGGUGGUUUCCGUGACAAUCAAGCCCACGCCAGGUCCCUUAUCCACACCCAUUGAGAUUGAGUUCUCACACGCCUACAAUAGCACCACGAACCAGACCUGUAUUGCCUGGGACGAGAGUGACAGCUCCUCACUCCUCGGCUCCUGGUCUACCCGAAGCUGCAGAGCUGUGUCUGUCAACUCGUUCCGUACUAAAUGCGUGUGUGACAGACUGUCCACCUUCGCCAUUUUAGCACGGCUCAAUCCCGAUAUGAACAUGGAUAAAACGCAAAUGCCAUCGGUGACGCUGAUCGUAGGAUGCGGCGUUUCUUCGCUCACAUUGCUGCUGCUCAUCAUCAUCUAUGUGUCUGUGUGGAGGUACAUUCGCUCCGAGCGUUCAGUCAUCCUCAUCAACUUCUGCCUGUCCAUCAUCUCCUCCAACGCGCUGAUACUCAUCGGGCAGACACAGACACGGAACAAGGUUGUGUGCCCCCUGGUGGCUGCUUUUCUUCACUUCUUCUUCCUCUCCUCCUUCUGCUGGGUGCUGACAGAGGCGUGGCAGUCUUACAUGGCUGUGACGGGCCGCUUGAGGAACCGCAUCAUACGCAAGCGUUUCCUCUGUCUGGGCUGGGGUUUGCCUGCACUGGUUGUAGCCAUCUCUGUUGGCUUCACCAAGGCAAAGGGAUAUGGGACAGUAAACUACUGUUGGUUAUCUCUGGAAGGUGGUCUCCUGUACGCCUUUGUGGGCCCUGCGGCUGCCGUCGUGCUGGUAAACAUGGUUAUCGGGAUUCUCGUGUUUAACAAAUUGGUGUCCAAAGACGGCAUAACAGAUAUGAAACUGAAGGAGAGGGCGGGUCAGAUGACAGUGCCACUGUACAAUAUGACGCUCAAAUGUGCCAAGUGCGGAGUAAUCUCGUCGCCUGACGUGUCCUCCACCGCUACCAGUAACGCCAUGGCGUCGCUGUGGAGCUCCUGCGUGGUUCUGCCGCUGCUGGCUCUGACAUGGAUGUCUGCAGUGUUGGCUAUCACUGACCGGCGCUCGGCCCUCUUCCAGAUCCUGUUUGCAGUGUUUGACUCGCUGGAGGGAUUUGUCAUUGUGAUGGUGCACUGUAUCCUGCGCAGAGAGGUUCAGGAGGCAGUGAAAUGCAGAGUAGUGGACAGACAAGAAGACGGAAAUGGAGAUUCUGGUGGAUCAUUCCAGAAUGGCCAUGCCCAGCUCAUGGUACAUAUGAAGAGUUCAGAUGCAAAAACAACGGACUUUGAAAAGGAUGUGGAUAUCGCUUGCAGAUCAGGCACGCUGAAGCGUUCCUCCCUGCAGGGUGAAGAGAAGCCGUCGGCCCAGCUCUCGUUGCAGAAGGGCUCGAACUUCAACACCUUGCCGGCCAGCAUGGCCAAGAUGCACCUGCAGAACGUGGCCGACUACUCCAGCCACACGCUGACCCUGCGGCGGGACAAAGGGCCAGCCCUGGCCGGCGUCAGCACCGAGCUCCCCGGCGCCAAGUCCAUCUACAUCUGCGACGGCGAGCUGUUCAAGCAGCUGGAUGGGGACCUCACGCGGGCCCCUGGCGGGGACUCCAAGGGGCCCGAUGGAGGAGGCCAGGGCUACAUGAUCCUGCCCACCAACAACAACACGGCCACCAUGAGGCCCGCCAAAGGAGGCGGCGGCGGCGGCAAGGAGGACCCUGCCAAGUACAGCCUCAACAUCGAGCAGCUGCCCCAGACACGCCUCAUCCACCUGAGCAACCCCCCCAGUGGCGAGCCCGUGCCGGGCUUCGGCCUGAAGACACUGCCGUCCGAGCGGGUCAGUGUGAUGUGCGCCGAGCGAGACUCGCCCAUCCUCACGGCGGCGCAGAACGUCUCGAGCGAGUCGCAGGUUAACCACAACCUCGGCGAAGCCGCGGAUUCAGGCAACUCGGGAAUAAUGUCCAAGAGUGAGACUGUGUCCACGCUGUCCAUGAGCUCACUAGAGAGACGGAAGUCACGCUAUGCUGAGCUGGACUUUGAGAAAAUUAUGCACACACGGAAACGUCACCAGGAUAUGUUCCAGGACCUCAACAGGAAGAUCCAGCAUGCAGAAAAGGACCGGGAAUCCCCUCCUGUCGACGGGAAGGCCGGGAAGAGGUGGAGCGUGUCGUCUGGAGGCAGUGACAAAACCAACAUAAGCGACAAGCAACAGACCCCAAGCAAGCGGGCGUGGGAGGGCAUCAGGAAGACCCACUCGCCCCCAUCAUGGGUGCGCAAGGACCUGGAGCCGCUGCAGGCGUCCCCACUGGAGCUGCAGACGGUGGAGUGGGAGAAGGCCUGCGCCACCAUCCCUCUGGUGGGCCAGGAGAUCAUGGACCUGCAGACGGAGGUGUGAAGGGGUGGAGGGGGAGGUCGACUGACCGACCCACCCACCCAUCCCCUGGCUCCUGCUCCUGUUCCUGCUCCUCAUCCCCGCCCGCGUCCUCCACCCACACCAGACCAGAGCCCUUCCUCGAAUUGACACCACCUCCCGUAGGAAGACACAUGGCACCCGGCAGGGUUGAGCGAUGUGCUCCACACACAGAAGCAGAGAGAAAGGGAGAGAAGUGUGUGUGAGUGUGUGUGUGCGAUAGAGAGAGAGAGAGAGAGCAAGAGAAGGUAUGAAAGGUAUAGAUGAAGAGAGGAUAUGUGACAGUGACUGUUAGACCAGUGACAGAAAAACAGUGCUUGAAAAAAAUUGUUACAUUCAUUGGUUAUGUUUUUUUAUUACCGUGAAAUCAUAGGCAGUAAUAACAUUUUAUUUUCUUAUAUGAAAAAGGAAUGGGACCAAGCAGUGGUCCCCUGUCUCACUCCCUAAUGUUACCAUGGAAACACAGACUCUGAUCGGCAGUAGGCCGUAGUUAAUAAUUAGGAGGAUGAAUCAUGCAGAUAUAGGGGCUCCACCACUCCAGCUAGUACAUGGGGUGCAGCCCUGGAGGCUAAUAGACUUUGAGGAUGCCCCUGGUGAACUUUCCCAAUUAGUUACAGAAUAAAACGAAGGAAUCGUCAUCGUCAUCUCCAAGUUAUUUCUAAAAGGUAGCAAAGCAAAUUACCUGACAAGCUGUCCCUCUUCAUUGAUUUUUUUUCAGUAUAUGACCUUUUAAUGUCUGUGCUGUUAUGUAGUAUGGAAUAUUUCAUUGCCGUUUUUGCAGCCAGUACUGCAUUUAUUGCCAACUUCUGACCUCUUAAGCAGUCAGGGUGUCCCUGGACACUAGUUUGGGCACCAGGCCUUCUGCCCCGCCAACCCACAAUCACGCAGCUGUGCAGACGUGAACCGCUGGACCGAGGGGGAGAGACUGCCAUAGACAGCGCCCUGAGAAAACCCACUGGGCCGAGGGGGAGAGACUGCCAUUGACAGCAGAGAUUCUAGAAUAGAGCUCCGCUCUAGAAUCUUUGAUUGACAGUGCCCUGAGAAAAGCCACUGUGCUCGUGCCACGCCCCUAUCACUUCUCUACGCAGCUCCACUAGCGGCACCACACAUCUGUCCAGAGUUGCCCAUCAAGACUUUGACCAGGACGUCAAGAGGGGACCCCUAACAGCGGACGUUGCUGUGAUGGUAGCAGAAGUUUCUGGAGAGCCUAUACUUAUGGAUGAUGAACUUCUGAUAUCUGUUGGGGAUGCCACACGGUCAGUGCAUCUCCGCUGACUACACAAAGACAGAUCUGGAUCUCCACUUAAUAGCGAGGUCCAAUCUUAAUACACUUGACAGUAUUGGGUAUAUAAAGAGUUGUGAGAGGAGCUUAAACAUAAAGAUGAGCAAGUACAUGGAUUAUAAUUCAUAUAAAUAUAAAUACAGUAUAUAUGUAGAAGAACUACAGAUGGUGUGUGUCUGUAGUUGGAUUGUGGUUGCACACAGGGGAAGCACAAGACUCCAUGAAUAGGGGGAGUCCUGUUGUACAGCAUUGUAAUUAUUAAAAAAAAAAGUUCUACAGAAUGAAUUUUAGCCUAUAAAUAUAUUUCUAACUGUGCUUGGGGGAAUAUUGUUAUCAUAUUGAUUGCCAUCCUGACUCUGCAGUCCCCUAUCUCGUUGAGUUACUGGACUUUAAGGGUGUUCUGUAACUUUAAUGUACCAGUGUGUGUUUUAAUAUCACUGACCGUCACUUGCCCUCAAUGACCCUCCCUACCUGUCUGACUCUGUUAAGCCCCCGACCCCUCCCUCACCUCUCACCCCUUUCUCAAUCUCCCUUUUUUAGUUCACUGGGAUAUCUUCUUUGUUAAUGUACAGUUUUCAGAGCACAAGAUGAAUGUGUCAUAUUUCUAAUAAAAAAGUAUAUCUCUAUCA